AUGGAGGCUGGAAAACCACCAUUCCCAGUAUACACCACCCACGGGCUCUCUGGUGGUUGGUCUGCCGCGCAAAGUGUCCCAUGGGCCACAGCCCCCAGUCGGCUGGAAGGCGAAGUUGCCAAUCUUCCAGUGUACGGUAGUAUUCCUCAGGAGAUCGACGGGACUUUCUACCGCAUCAUGGUAGAUCCGUUCUUCCCACAGCAGCCUGAGAAUGCUAUCCCCAUCGAGGGCGACGGCAACGUCUCCGCCUUCCGCAUCCGCAACGGCCAAGUCGACAUGAAAACGAAGUACGUUGACACGGAGCACCUGCGUCUCGAACGAAGGGCCAAUAAGCGGUUGUUCGGGCUCUACCGAAACCCAUAUACCCACCACCCACACAUGCGCUCUGUGGGUCACCUUUGA